GAAUAACGAAAUUCUUAAUCCUUAUUAUGCAAAGUAAAUUUUGAUGAGGAAACCCGCCCUUCCAUUAGUGGCAUUACCUCGCCCGUGUUGUCUGGAUCAGAUCCAGCAAGAUGGUCUGGGGCCAGAACCAGAAUCAACAGAACUAUGUGGGGCAAAUGGGAAUGGGAAACAUGAACAUGCAAGGCAUGGGCUCACUUGGAAUGGGAGCAGGUGGGAGGGGCAUUCUGGGGGAACCCCCUGUGUCAGGCAGCAACAUGGGUAUUAGUGGGCUCAACAAUAUGCAAGGAAUGAUGGGCAGCAGCAGCAGCAGUGACAACAUCGACACCAUGAUUCAACAGCGACGUCUUCAACAGCAACUUAGUUUGAGAGAGUCCCAGUUGGCUUUGGCAAGUAACUUGCUGCAGAAACAGAACCAGCUGAUUAUGGAUGUGGGGAUGCCUGGAAACAUUGGCCCAAUGUUACCCAGUCCACCAGGCAUGUCACGGUCAAUGAUUCCCUCCUUGCUUGAUAUGCCAUCAAGACAUAACAAGCGUUCAGUGCCAUCAAUGAACCGAGAUCUGGAUAUCAAGCGUCGACGAAGGGAUUCGUCUUCCCCAAGUGACCACCAGAGGGGGCGAAACCGCAGCUCAGAUUUCGAUAGAAGGCGAGAUUUGGACCGUUAUUCUCCUAAUCGAAGACGAGAAGAACACACAAGUCGCAGAGAUAGACCUAGUCGCUUCAGUCGACGAGAUUCAGAUGAAUUACCGCACCGAAGGAGUAGGAAUGAACAUGAGGAAUAUGAUCCUGCCAAGCCAACUGAUGAUGAGAUGCCGGGGCUUGAGCUAGCAGACAAAUAUCGCUUUGAUGAUCGUGCACAGAGGCCACCAGUCGGUGAGAAAUCUCCUUUCUACUGCCAUGUGUGUGACAUGGAGUGCUGCAAUGAACAGAACUUCCGGGAUCACAUGUCCAGUACAAGGCACAAGGACAGAAUGUCUGAUGUCCUGAACGUAACAAGCAAGAAAUCUAGUCAUGUCGAGGCACGCCUCAAAGCACAGGAGCAUCUGAAGCGCAUAGAAAGCACCAGAGUUGGCUUCUGCAAGGUGUGUGACCAGGAGCUUGGCAUCCCCUUCCUGCGACACAAGCUGACCACUCUACACAAGAAACCGGAGAUGCAGGUGAGGAAGGGAUGUGGCUGGUGUGGCGUGACGAACUUCCUUAACUUCUCCGAGGUCCUCAAACACAGAGAGAGACAGGUUCACAAGGAGAAUGCUGCUAAAUAUGGAAAGAAGCCAGAAGUAAAUUCUGAUACGAGGAGGACUGACAUGAGAUCAGGACGAUCAUCCAACCUAGUUACGGUAGAUAGUGUUGGUUACAGCCCGAAUGGAGAGGACAGAAGGUCUAGACCAAGGACAGCAGGUCGACCUGGAUAUUCCUCUAGAUCAUCUGCAUCGGGCAGAUCUGAGACAUCCCGAUCUGGAACAUCAAGAUCAGCUACGUCAGCCAAAUCUGACACUAAGGAGGUAGACCUAUGUCCUGAGUUGCAGUUUGAAGCGGAGACAGCUAUUGGUCAGAACUAUGUUAUUCCUGUGUCUGGUUUCUUCUGCAAGCUGUGUCACAAGUUCUACAACACCGAAACAGCUGCCAAGGUUACCCACUGUCAGUCGCAGGCACACUUCACCAUGUUCAAGAAGGCCAAAAAUGCUGCUAAAGCACGAGCCUUGGCUCAGAAGAAGACCUCAACUCCUGUCGGUGCUGAGGAUGAAACGAAACCGGUCAAGGAGGAUACAGACAGUGCCCAGGCUGAGCAGGAAGGGGAGGAGAAGGACAGGGAGGAGCAGGAGGCUGCUGAGAAGGAUGAGAAGACAGAAGAUGAGGGCCUGGAAGAGGCAGAGAACCAAAAUGGAGAAAAUGAAGAUGCCAAGGGUCCAAAUGAAAGUGAGGAUGGCCAAGGUGGGAUGGCCAAGGUGAGACAGAGGAAGGUCAAGGUCAGGCUUCUGAAGCUGCUGAAGAAUUUGACCAGGAUGAGGAAGCUAACGGAGGUAUGAAGGCAGAAGCUGAUGAUUAUCCUGAGGAGGAUGAAAAGCAUUUGACAGAGGAAGAGCAAGAGGAGAAGCUUUUGGAAAAGGAUGAUAAUGAGUCAGAGACUGGAGAAAUGCUGGGAGAUAUGUUUGCUGAUGACGAUGAAGAUGAUACUGCUAUUAUAGAUUUAGCAGAUGUGAGCUCAGAGGCAGCAGGUGAUGAGAAGGACACAGAGAUAUCUGUCCAAGAAUCUGAGGAGGUAGCAGAGCAGGUUGAUGAAGUUGUUGAGGAAGCCCCAGCCGCUGAUACCUCUCCUGUUGUUAAAGGAAGAGGCCGGGGUAGAGGCCGAGGAGUGGGGCGGAGAGGAAGAAGGGGAAGAAAGUGAAGGAACUGGGUGAAUCUGUGAGAGGAUGUAAGUGUGAGUUGUGUGAAUUACCUUUCUUGUGACACAUUUAAUUGAGCUUCUUUGGUAAACAUUGUCAUCUCUUGCAACUUUUUAGGCUUAAUGAAGUGUGGAACACGCAUCAUGUCAUCCAAAGUUUGAGUUGUUCAAAAAGCAGUCAAUUUUAACUCUGUUUAAUCAACUGCAACUUCACCUGCUUGUUCUUGUUCCAUACAACAAAUAUUGGACCGGGUUAUUUUCAUAUUGUUCACAUUGAUUUACAAUACUUGUUAAAUUAUUCAUUAGAACUCUAUAUUGCUUUCAUACUUCAGUUGUACAUAUACAUGGCAUAUGUACCUAUUUGGAUGGGUAACAAACAAUUUAGUCUCCAGUGCGAAUCCUACAGAAAUAAGAACCUUUAUACCGAGUUGUAUCAUCAAGUUGUCAAUGUAAUUAUUGUCAGUUAAAACCACCCCUGCUUCAGCUGUCAUUUAUGUAGUGUGUUACUAGGUGACAAUUCCCUGUAAAUAGUUUUGCAUGUUGUCACCCUAAAUGUACUUAAUACUUUUCACUCCAAAGAAGAUGGCACAGUCUCUGCUACAACUUGCCAUAGUCAGUGUCUGUUUUUAAGGAAAUGUUUUGUUACAAAUUUUGAAACGUUUCAUUAUGCUGCUAUCAAGUCCUCUUGAUAAUUGUUAUUGCUUUCACAUAACUGUGCUGAGAGUUGUCUAUUAGGUUUAGGUUGUUGCAGUGAAAUAUUUUCAGGGGCAAGAAUUAAUUUGUGUUGACUUGGAUAGAAAUGGAAUUUUGUCGAAGAUUGUUGUUUGGCACCAGACAGAUAGUUUGUGAAAGUAAGUUUGCCCAUAGUUUUUGAUGAUCCAGACUAUGUAUCACAAUAGUUGUGCCAUUUCACUUUAUUAAUAAAUCAGUAAACAUGUAGACCUGUGAGCUGGAUUUCUAAACAGUGUCAUGACUGCAAGAAUAGUUACUGGUAACCUUCAUUUGUCCUGGACCCAGAAACUUGCCGGAAACUGUUGUCACCCGAAACGAGAUUUCGCUUCACAGGCACUGUGAUUCAAAAUUGUUAUGCCCUUGUGAAGCUGUGAGACUGAGAGAGUGCCACUGAGAAAUAGUUUGAUGGGGUUCAAAAACAUGUUUUCUGUUAUUUGAGUUCUCAAACUUAUUGCAGUUUCUGAUAUAUGAAUUGUGGCGAUGGUAAUCUGUAUAAUUUUAGGUGUGCAGCCAGGGCACUGAAAAUACUUCACCUGUGCUAUUUCAAUAUUUACUGUGCCAUGUUCUGCAAAUCCAGCAUUAUUUUGAUCACUGAUGUUGGUAAUUUGUUUGAAUUUAUUUCUUGUGAUCAAGAUUGUCAUUUCACUGUACCAUUUCAGCAAACAUUUGGAAAAAAUAUUUCCAUGUGUUGUGUUAUGUAUUUUUCUAUUUUGAUAAUAAGAUUGAAUCAAAGCUCUGAUAUUGGUGCAAUGUUCUUUUUGCUGAACAAAAAGUCUGAGUCGACUAAUAUAACAUCCUGAAGAUCUAAUAUAGCUAAGCACAUGACAUUUGCUUUCAACAAAAUGUAUGAAUACAUUAGAAAUAAAAAUGUUGUUGUACCAGA